CAGCUCUUCUAGUUUCUUGUGGGCAACGGAGUUAGUUAUUACAUAAAAUAAACCGAGUCCAAGUUCCCCAACUGUGAACAAAUCACAAGCCCAUUUUCUCUCUCCCACGCAGCCACAAUUCGAUUCACCAUUUUCGCUUGAGAUUCAAGCAGGAUUUGAUUCGGUUUGGGGUUUUGGAUUUUGUUGAAUGUGAUCUGUGCGAAGUCGGAGACGAAUGGCGGCCGGUGCGAAUACGGAUCAGCUCGAAGCUUACUUUCGGAGAGCGGAUUUGGACGGAGACGGCAGGAUCAGCGGAGCGGAGGCCGUCGCUUUCUUUCAGGGCGCCAAUUUGCCCAAACCAGUUCUCGCUCAGAUAUGGAUGCAUGUGGAUCAGAACAAAACUGGUUUCCUUGGUCGGCCAGAAUUUUAUAAUGCUCUUAGACUUGUGACUGUGGCUCAAAGCAAGAGAGAUUUAACGCCUGAUAUAGUCAAGGCUGCAUUAUAUGGGCCAGCUGCUGCAAAAAUUCCUGCUCCACAAAUCAAUCUUUCAGCCAUAUCUGCACCACAAGCAAAUCCUAUGGCUGGUGCACCUGCUCCACAGAUGGGUAUGGGGACACCACCAACAUCUCAAAGUUUUGGGUUUAGAGGACCAGGGGCUCCUAAUGCAGGCAUGAACCAGAAUUAUUUUCAGCCACAGCAAAACCAGUCCAUGAGACCUCCUCAAGGCAUGACCCCUGGGAUGCCUACUAGUGGAUAUUCCCAUCCACAACAGGGUGUGGGAGGUGUAAUGAACUCAAAUAAUUGGCUUAGUGGAAGCACUGGUGCACCUCCUUCUGGUCCCAGAGGGAUUAGUCCUUCCAUGCCCUCAUCUACAACACAACCACAACCUUCAGUGUCAACAUCUUCCCUGCCAACAGUUAAUGACUCUAAAUCAUUAGUUCCUUCUGGAAAUGGGUUUGCAUCCAAUUCGGGUUUCUCAGGUGAUUUAUUUUCUGCAACCCCUGCUCAAUCAAAGCCAGGAGCUCCUGGGUCAACAUAUUCUGCUAGUAGUGCACCUCCGCCAUCAGCCAUUGUUCCAGUUUCAAGUGGGUCACAAUCUUCUAGUAAGCUCAAUGCACUUGAUUCACUGAGUGCAUUCACAAUGCAGCCUUCUGGUGUAAUGAGACUGAAUGAAAACACUACUACUUCCUUCCUACUAUUCUCUCUUCAUCUUUUUCCUACUUUAUAACACGUUAUCAGCAUGCUUGCUCUUAUUUAUUUAUUUUUUUUCCUUAUAAACUCCAUGAUGAUUUAUGAGUUUUUGGUGCAACUGUGUUGUUUUUGACCAUAACUUAUAAUCUACGAGUUAAAAUUAAGGUUCUAUAUGAUGAGUUGAUGACAUUCCGCCAAAUACCUCAAUUAUUCAUUUUUAUCGAUUCGG